AUGGCUACUCUUACCCAGCCCCCAACUGCAUCGUUCCCGGCUUUGCAUCUUUAUCCCAUUGACGACUCAUUUAUACCAAAACGCAUCCAACUCGGUGGCGGACAGCGCGUUAAAAUUGCUCGUCCGCCAAACACAAAAACUUUACCGGGCGAGCGGAACGGAUACUUUGACUCCCGGGUUCUGAGCAGACAACAUGCGGAGGUCUGGGAGGAGGAAGGCAAGAUUUGGAUUAAAGACAUCAAAAGUGCCAAUGGUACCUUCCUCAACGGCGAGAGGCUGAGCCCCGAAGGCCGGGAAUCCGAACCUUGCGAGCUCAAGACGGACGAUAUUCUCGAAUUUGGCGUGGACAUUGUUUCAGAAGACAACAAGACUAUCCUACACCGUAAGGUUGUCGCUCGAGUUGCGUGUAUGCUCCCUGGCCAGCCCAUACCCCUCACCGACCAGUACACCAAUGGUCGACGCUCACAGCAAAUGCCGAUGAUGCAUCAAGGAAUAGCUGGCCUUGGUGGUAUGGGAGGUGGAGUCCGAGUACCUGGCCGUGGUCUCACGCUCGACCAUAUCUUCAGUCGCUUACAGGCAGAACUCGCCAAGAGUCGUGACACUGGUCAUGACCUCCAGGUCCUGACUGGUGCCUUGAAUGGGAUUGAGGACACGUUGAAUGGGGCAUUGGUAAGUGCUCUUAUUUACUCUGGCAUGUUUUCGAUGGAGUUCAUUUCUUUCAAGCCAAAUUCCGAUGGGCCGCCACGUUUCCCCGAUUCACUUCCGCCAGUUCGACCGCCCCCGGCAAGGUCAAUGACCUUGCCAGCGCUACCAAAUGUGCCCCCAGUUGAAAAUAACCCUCAAGAGCAAGCAAUUUCUGAGCUGCAGGCCCAGCUUAGAGAACAUCAACGUGCUUUGGCAGCCCAUGUCGAAAGCAUUCGUGCUUUGGAGAGUGUCCUUGCCGAGCAGGAGGCUAUGAAGCGGGAGGUUCAAGAAUUAAGGCAGUUUGUUGGCGUCGAUCGGAAAGACGAAGAAGAUAUCAUGGCAAAAGACGACGAUGAUGACGAUGCAAGGAGCAUCGUAACUGCUGUGGCACACGACCUAACAUUGGAGCGGGUGGAGGAGCUGGAUGAAGUUGAAGUUGAACGGGAGGAAAAUAUGCGCCGAGAGCGAGCUCAGACACCUGAACCUACCUUUGAAGACCAAGACCCAGAACCGUCAUCGCUUUCUCUCGGCGAACUUACUGCGCGUCUGACAACUCUAACCAAUCAAUUGGAAACGGCACUUGCUACCUCCAGUGAACUGCAGCAACAACAUGCUUCCGCUCAGGCGACUAUCCUGAUCCUCGAGGAAAAACUCGCUCGCUUGGAAGCAAAAACCGAGCCCCAACCUGCCACUCCUCCUCCACCAACACCACCCGUCCCUAUUACGGUCACACUGCCAAGUGCGGAGCUGGAAGAAAUGCAAACCCAACUCGCAGCGAUGCGAGCAGAAUUGACUGCUGAGCGUGGGAGACGAGAAGCUUGGGCUGGCGCAGUCGACGAGCGAAUACGGCUCGUGACCGUGAGCACAUCGGUCCAAAAUGGGCAUAUCCUAAAAAGCGAGGAAGAGAUUGUCAGUCUUUCAGGCUCACCUCCGCCAGCUUACAUCGCCAACGGUGUGAUCAAGGCGGAAACAAGGAUCGAACACCAGCAACCUCCGGUUCCUCCGAUGGCGAUGCAGACUGCCGUUGGCGUUCUUGUUUUGGGAAUCGCCACUGCUGCUGUUCUGUGGCGAGUCAAGCCACAAUAA